AUGUGGGUCGUUACACCCUUUUUCACGCUAAGAGCAGAUACCGAAACUCCAACGACCGUCCAAUGGCCAGCACCAUCGAUUACACCGCUAGGAAAAUAUGCGAAAGCUACCGUAGCGGCCGAUAAUCAGAUUUGCUCAGAGAUUGGGAGAAAUGUACUCCUCGCUGGUGGCAAUGCUGCCGACGCCGCUGUAGCGGCACUUUUCUGUCUAGGCGCAACUGAUGCUCAUUCCAGCGGUCUUGGUGGAGGCCAUUUCUUGACUUAUUACAAUGCAACCUCCCAAAAAUGCUGGGCAAUCGAUGCACGAGAAGUUGCUCCCCUGGCAGCUACGGAAGAUAUGUACGUGAAUCGGUGGAACGACAGCGAGUACGGCUGGCGCUCAAUCGCUGUCCCCGGCGAGCUUCACGGCCUCAGGACAGCCUAUGAGAAAUUUGGAGGAAAAGCGGCGUGGAGUCGUCUGAUCGAGCCAACGAUACAGUUGGCGCGGGACGGCAUCCCGGUAUCUUGGCAGCAAGAGGAAGCCCUUCGAGAGCAAGCGGAUUGGCUUAAAACGGAACCCACGAUGCACCACUAUUUGGAGAAUGGAAAGGUCAAACAGAACGGCGAUCAGGUUGUACGACGCGAAUUCGCGGACACGCUUCAGCAGCUCGCCAACUCUAAUGACCCCAUCAAAUUAUUUUACGACUCCGCCGAGCUCACCCAAAUUAUGGUUGAGGAGAUGACCAAGAACGGCAGACAAGGACUUCUCACCCGCGAGGACUUCCGCGCAUAUCGCAGCUUGUUAUACGAGGAAAAGGAUCUAAUGGUUGCUGUUAAAUUUGCGUACUCGGGGCGGACUUGGUUGGGCGACCCGAAAUUCGUCGCCAACGCCACGGAUAUCGCGAGGAAUCUGACGACAAAAGCGUGGGCGGAGUGGGUUAGAACCAUGAUCACAAAUGAAGCUCACGCAGACUCAUAUUACGGUGGCUCGUAUUCAAUGCCGGUUCCGGAUCAUGGAACCACGCAUCUUUCGGUGAUUGACAAAAUGGGCAAUGCCGUCUCGGUGACGUCGACCAUUAAUUUGUUCUUCGGCGCAAAAGUAGCAUCAGACGCCUUGGGAAUUAUUUGGAACGACGAAAUGGACGAUUUCAGUACGCCAGGACACCCUAACUAUUUCGGGUAUGAACCAUCUGCUGCUAAUUUUAUUAAACCUGGCAAGCGGCCGCUGAGCAGUAUGACGCCAUUGAUAAUCAUUGACAACGAUGGUUCUAAGCGCAUAAUGUCAGUUGGGGCGGCUGGCGGCUCGACGAUUAUUACAGGGACUGCAGGGAUCGCACUUCACACAAUGUGGCUAAAUUCUACCGUAAAAGAAGCUGUUGACUUCCCUAGAAUUCAUAAUCAACUCGAGCCAAAUGUGACGUAUUAUGAGGAAGAUUUUCCAAAGGAGCUGAUCAAAGCCCUCGAAAAUCGAGGCCAAACCAUGCAAAGUACCACCAAUUUAACCGAGGCUACGGGUGCGAUUCGUGAGGUUGACGGGCAGCUGUAUGCGAAUUCGGACUUCAGAAAAGGUCAAGAAAGCGCGCCAGCUGGAUAC